AUGGUGCAUAUAAGCCAAAGGCAUAAAAUCCGUUCAUCGACCUUUGGUGUAUCAAAUCGUAUAAAACGUUUACAUGAUUUAAUUGAAUCGGAUCUUGAAUUUCAUCAAUUUGAUGAUUUUAGUCCAUAUGAUGUAUCUGAUGUAUUAAAACAAUAUUUUCGUUCAUUACCUGAAUGUUUAUUUACAACGAAAUUAUCUCCAUUAUUUCUUAAUAUAAGUGAACAUUUUUCAACAUUAUCAUCAUCAACAUCAAUUGAUUCAACAACAAUUAAAUUAAAUAAUGAACGACGUUUACGUUCAUUACAAUAUGCUGUUCUUUUAUUACCAGAUGAAAAUCGUCUUGUUCUACAUUUACUUUUAUCAUUUUUAAAUGAUGUUUCAAAACAUUCAAAAACAAAUCAAAUGAGUUCAAUUAAUCUUGCAACUUGUUUUGCACCAACAUUAUUUUCAUUUCAUAGUUAUACAAAUAAUAUUGAAAUGAUUGAUUUACCAUCAUCAACACGAAAACAUCACCAAUCAAUACCAUCAACAAAUAUUAUGGGUAUGCCUGAUUGGAGAGAAAUACAAGAACAACGUAAAGCUAUGGAAAUUCUUUCCGUUAUGAUCGAUCAUGUUCGAUUAUUAUUUCUUGUACCGGAUGAACUUCAUCAAGCAUGUCAUUUUUCUUAUAUUGAAAUUGGUGAACCAUGUACACUUGAAGAAUUAGCACGUCGAGUAUCUGAAACAACAGCAAACUCAAUAAUUACAACGACAACAACACCAAUAUUAAAUAAAUAUCGUCGAUGUUCAUCAAGUAAUCUUGUUGGUAAACGUACAGCACAACAACGUGCAACAGAAAUUGGUACAAUCUCAGCAUCAGAUUCAAUUGGAUCAUUAUCAUCAUCCCCGUCAGCAUCAUCAUCAUGUGAAAAUAUACUUUUAAAUGAAAAUUUAAAUUCAAAUAAAUCUCAAACAACACCAACAACAAUAAAAUCAUUUUCAUCUUCACGUUUAUUUACUGAUGAUACAAAUACGACUUCCUUACAAUUAUUAUCAUCAUCAUCAAUAACAACAAAUGUAAAAAAUUCUUAUCAAGGUUUUAUCGAUCGUUGUAUUGUUGAAGUUAUGCGUGAAUCAUGUUAUAAUAAAUUAAAAGGAUGGACAUCAUUUGGUAUUAAUAAUGAUUUAGAAUUAGCAUUUAAAAAAUUAGAUGAUGGACAUCCACUUGGAUUAUGGAAAUGUUCAGCAGAAAUUGAAGCACCACCUGUUGAAAUAUUAAAUCGUCUUUUAAAUGAACGACAUUUAUGGGAUGAUGAUUUUCAAUCCGGUACAAUCAUAGAACAGUUAAGUCAAAAUACACAUGUUUAUCAAUAUACACUUAAUUCAAUGGCACCUUUAGCAUCUCGGUAUUUUUGUGAAGUACGUAGUUGGAGAACUAAUGUUCAAUUAAAUACAAAUGGAAGUUGUCAAACUUCUAUAUCAACAAACAACAGUACUUUAAUGGCACUUCCGGUUGGUUCAUCAUCAUCAGCAUCAUCAAGUGCAAUUGCAUCAUUUAUUACGACGCAAAAUCCAAAUAAUCAAAAACGGGAUGCCUGUGUUCUUGUUUGUACAUCAAUUGAACAUCCAAAAGCACAUUGUCCGCCAACACUUGUUCGUGCUGUUACAUUAGCCUCUCGGUAUUUAAUACAAUCCUAUGGAUGUGGAAAAUCGAAAGUAACACAUUUAAGUCGUGUUGAUUUAAUGGGACGUUCACAUGAAUGGUAUACAAAAGCCUAUGGUUCAGUUCUAACUCGAUUAAUGACGAAACUCAGAGAUUCAUUUGCCCAUUUAAAUACGGGACCCGAAACAAAAGUCUGA